AGGAAGGAACAUAAUAGAAGCAGGCAGGUAGCAAAACAUGUCUGAAUGGUUACCUAGCGUUGUUCAAACAUAUUAGGCACAAGCAAUAACUUAUUGGUAACGUUUUAGAGCCUAUAACAAACAACACAAACAUUGAGAUAAGGGACCUGCUUUGUUGAACCAAAUAGAACUUAUCUUAUCUAUUUUUACUAAACGAAUUUAAUAUGUAGGUGAGUGUCGUUCGUGAAAAACUGUCUGUUGCUUAAUAUAGUUCAGGACGAAUUCGCUGUUAUGGAAUGUUUACCGGUGCUUUCUGUGCUAGUGACCUUAUUAACUUUUUUGGAGCAUUGCCAUUGCCAAACAAGUAUCGCUAACAAUGUAGCAGAAGGUCUCCUAGACUGUUACAAUAACACCGCUCUACCAGGAAUUACAAUAGCCAACGAAAGACCUCCAGCUACAAUAAAUUUAUUAAUCGAAUACAUAAGAAAAUUGGAAGAUGCUAACCCAACAAUAUCUACCCGAGUACUUUCAUAUCUUAUAUUACAGAGAUUUCGACAAGAUGGAAUUUCAAGAACGGAUAGAACAGUAGAUGAAAGAUUUGGCGUGCCAUUUUCGUCCAGCCGAACAGAACGUUACAAAUUUAGGAUUUUAUUACAAUACUUACUUCCAAGCGCACAAACAACUCUUAAUAUGGGGGAUCUCACUCCUUUUGAAAGGUGCUCUCUCCAUUAUCUAAUAUCCAACACCAUAGAUGAUCUUAAAAGAGAUAAUGAAUCUUUAGAAUGCUCCAGAUCAUCCAGGUAUACUUCAAGAAUUUUUAUGCGGCGUCGUAGGAAUGUAAGGGAAGAUUUGGAAAACACAGAAUUAAUUAAUCAAGACGUAGCAGGAGGGCGACUAGCAGCUAAUCUGGGUAGAAACGUGAGUCAGUGUCCGAUUGAAUCGGGUGUUGUUUAUUCACAGUUUGGAACAAUGAAAGCGGGAAACGUACUCGCUGGUAUUGCUACUGGUCUUAAUCAGGAAAAUAUACAGAACGGUUUAGUCGAUAAUAGAUAUGCUAGUACAAUCAUAGGUGAAUUAUGUGAAGCAUCAUUGUUCCAAGCAAAUCCAGAUGUUUCCCUCGGUGCUUCAGGAGGAUGGAAUAGUACUAUAAAUCCAAAAUAUUUCUUCCUGCAAAACAAUAAUUUACUUCAAGCCACAGAUGCAGAAUUAAGAGGAGCUUUAGACGGUCUAUACUUAGGUUUAAAGAUGAGUAACUUCACAAGUACCUUUUCCGAUAUAAGAAUAUCUCAACUAAUUGAUAUGUAUUAUUCCCCAUUCGAAAAAGGAGUUUUUGAUAGUUCAUUCAAAGCUUGCAACAGAAAUGUUCUUUAUACUACAAUGACAUCAACUGAAACGAUGAGAACGCAGCUUUAUAAUUUUAUGCCAGUUUUAAAUUUAGCCGCUAUUUCCGGAGUAUCUUUGAGCAAUGCUUCCUUUGAAACGUUUUCUAACUCAGGGAUUUCAGCAUUUAACACUUAUUUACCUAAAAUGGUGACAGAUGACUUUGGAUGUCGAGGAAAUACUACAAUUGAAAGAGUUGUCACCGAUUUACUCAUCUUUAUCGAUUCAAGCUGGCAAUUUAGCACCAUUCAACCUGUUCUUUCGUACGUUUUGAAUAACAUUGAUGUUAACAGGUACCAAACCAAGUACACUUUAUACGGCGGUACCAGCUUGAGAAAUUUAACUCAAAGUGGUACCAGCUACUUAUCCGAGUUUUAUUUGAGAUACAACGAGACUGUACAUUCGAAUGAAACUUCUGGUUUUGAUUAUGUAACAAUUUUCCAAACUGUGGAGAACUAUGGAUAUGAAAAGUUGAAUAACAAUACAUACACUGGUGCAGAAUCUACCGUUGUUUUACUGGUACCCAAAACAGGCUUGACAGAUGAUCAAAAGAAUAUUCUUUUACAAAGAAAAGAAGUAUUCAAUAGAGUAUUACCUGAUAUCAAUUUCCUGGUGCUUGGUAGUGGCAGCCCCAGUGAUUAUAGUACAAUAGUAUCCAAUACAAACAAAAAUGCAAUAACUUUAACUGAAACGACAUCUGAGGAAAGUUUAAAAAUGACUGGACAAAGUUUGGUGACAAGUAUUAAGGACGUUCCAAGAGCUAUUGUAAAUCCAUCAUGUACAUCGCAAUUUACUGGAGCAUCGAGCACAUUCUACAUAAGAGAUUAUGUUGAACCUAGAGGUGCAAACUACUAUAGAAUUUCGCCAAACUAUUUCUAUUCCGGCGGUGAAACUAGAAAUCUUAGAAUAAGAGAAGAGGGAUAUGGUACAAUUACGGUCUGCUUAUCAAGGGACAAUAGCAAGCCAGAUAGUUCAUCAAACAACUGUAAGACUCUUACAAGUGAGGAAUACGUUAUUGACAUCACCAGUUACUGUAGUGACUAUACUGUUUCGACUUGCCCGCCAAUUUAUCUAUCAAUUACUGGUGGAAAUUCGAACAAUAAAUGCAACAAUAUCCUAUGCCGUUUCCCUGACGAUUUAAGAUACGCUGUUUAUAUGGAAAAUGUUGGAUGCGCAUCUGGAUCUAUAAUUGCAACAGCCAGUGCUCUUUUAGUAUUUUUCGUUUUUGCUUUAUCAAGGUUCUCGUAGAUUGAAUUGAUAGCCUUGUUGAUGUGUCUUGUACAAAUUAAUUAUAAGAUGAAAUACCUGAACGCAGCACUUAACUCACAAUAACAAAUAAAUUAGACAAAAAUCUGUAAAGGUAGUUCUUCUUUGAAAUGUUUCUCAAAAUUUGGUACUUGCCAUUUUUAUACAGUUUUGACAUUAUUAAUAUUAAAAGUCAAACAACUGGAAUAGCUCUGUUCCAACCGACAUGAGAACCGUUCUAGAACGGUAAUUUCCAGUCGAUAAAUUCAUUUGUCAAGUAGGAUAAACGUUCAACUUAUUGAAAAAUAGGUGGGCAACUGGAAAUUACUGGUUUUGGAACGGUUCUCAUGUCGAUUGGAACAGAGCUUAUAUUGUCUUCAAAAAUUCGAUUUUUGUUGUAUUUUUUUUUCAAUAUUUUAUAUUUAUUCGUGUAGAAAUAUUAGUUUAUAGAUUUUAUAGUAUCUAAUGAAUAUUUGUAUUGAGUUUGAAUAAAAUGUAUACAUUGUUAUUUGAAUUUCAUGGAUUUAUAAUCAAAGCGAUUUUUUGUUCAAAAUAACAUCCGAAUUUUUUUCCUUUAUUUUG